CUCUGCACCAAGAAAACACUUGUGAAGUUAAAUACAAUGGCUAUGAGAAUGAAGUUUUGUUUAUCUGUUUUACUCGUUUCCCUUUUGGUUCUUUGUUCUGGCUUGGCUCUAGCUAAAAGAGACCCAGAGCUAGAACAGUGCCAACACCAAUGCAGAGUCCAACGCCACUAUGAUGAGGGCGAGAAGAAAAGAUGCAUCCAGCAGUGCGAGGAUUAUUACAAAGAGAAGAAGGGGCGAGAGCAUGGAGAAGAAGGACGAGAAGAAGAAGAAGAAGCCGAAAGGAGGGUAGGACAGUGUCAAAGCCAAUGCGAGAGACAAAAGGGAGAAGAGAGAGCGCUUUGUCGCUUCCGGUGCCAACAGAAGUUUGGAAGGGACGAAGGGGAACACAGUUGGGGAGAAGAAAAGAACCCUUAUGUGUUUGAAGAAGAGCAUUUUACUUCAAUAAUUAAAACAGAACAUGGAAGAGCCCGCGUUCUACAGAAAUUCACUAAAAGAUCGGAGCUUCUACGUGGAAUUAAGAAUUAUCGUGUAGGAAUUCUUGAAGCUAAUCCUCAAACAUUUGUAUCUCAGGGCCAUUGGGAUGCUGAUGGAGUUCUCUAUGUGGCUAGAGGACGAGGAACAAUAUCUAUGAUUAUUGAGGAAAAGAGACAGAGCUUUAACGUCCAGCGUGGAGAUGUGCUAAGAAUUCGUGCAGGCACUCCUCUCUAUUUGAUUAACAGAGACGAAAAAGAGAAACUUUACGUUGUCAGCGUCAUGGUACCCGUCAAUAUUCCGGGCGAGUUCGAGAUAUUCAGUGCGUCUGGUACUGAAGAUUCAGAGUCCUUUUACGAGGCAUUCAGCUGGGAGUUGCUUGAGGCUGCUCUUAAAACCGAAAGGAGGAGGUUAGAGCAUAUAUUCAGGCAAAAGCAAGGAGCUAUUGUAAAAGCCUCCAGGGAGCAAAUUCAAGCUAUGAGUCAUCGUGAAGAAGGUGGCGGCGUUUGGCCUUUCGGAACUGAAUCCAUCGGUCCAAUUAGUAUCCUGAAGAACCCUGUUUUUAGGAAUAACUAUGGUCAACUCUUUGAAGUUGGCUCUAGAGAUUUCAAGCAACAGCUCCGAGACCUUGACCUUUCAGUCUCCGUUGCCAACAUCUCUCGUGGAGCAAUGUCUGGGCCCUAUUACAACUCCAGAGUAACCAAGAUAUCAGUGGUUUUGGAUGGCGAAGGCUACUUUGAAAUGGCUUGUCCUCACCUUAGCGGCUCGCGGGGAGACACGACGGGUGAAAGUCAGAAGACUUACCAGAAAGUAAGUUCACGGUUGAAACGUGGAACAGCAGUGGUCGUCCCUGCAGGCCAUCCGGCGGCUUUUGUAGCUUCAAGAAACAAUAAUCUGGAAGUAGUCUGCUUUGAGAUUAAUGAAGAAGGCAAUACUAGGCAUCUACUUGCAGGGAAAAAUAAUAUUGUAAAUAAGAUGGAGAAGCAAGCCAAAGAGUUAGCCUUCGGUGUAAGUGAAAGAGAAGUGGAUCAGGCUUUUGGAAGACAAAACGAGGAGUGGUUCUUUCCAGGGCCAAGGAGAGGUUCCUUCGAGGGUCAUGCUGUGGCAUGAGAAGCUAAUAACGUGAUGGCAAGUGUUUCGGCUUUUUGGGGUGACUGUGACAUCGACCUUGAGGGUUUACUAAUGUAAAUAGUGCUGUGUAUGGUGAAUAAAUAAUGAAAGGUGAAGGUACAUGUGUAAAUUAGUCUUUAAGAAAAGAGAAAGAUCACUGCUGCGGACUAUAGUGGCUUCUGGUUUAAUAAUUAAUAAAGAGAUAAAUUCUAGUUA